UUCAUCAUGGCUCAACAGCUGUUGUUAGUUGUUCUCAGUGUCUUUUUUGGGUUCUCAGUCCAAGUUCCUUUUCAACCUGAGCUGACUGUGGAUCCACUGCUGAUCUCAGAGACAGACUCAGUAACACUGACCUGUCGGACUCCACCAUCGGGUCCUUUCUCUCAGUGUUAUUUCUUCACAGUUGGAGGACAAACUCUCCAACGUGUCUCUUGUCUGCAAACGCUGACAGGCAGUGAGCUGCUGUUGAUGGCGAACCAGAGCUCACCUGCUGAAGUUAAAGUGAAAUGUCUGUACACUGUGAAGAACGGAGGAACUGAGUCUCCGUCUAUGCCAAGUGACACCACCACUAUCUUCAUUGCAACUCUUCUUCCACCUAAACUGAUCAUGGAUCCACCAGUGAUCACAGAGACUGACUCGGUCACAUUAAACUGUCAGAGUCCGUCACUUAUUUCUGCGUCUCAGUGUCUUUUCUACAUUAUGAGUGGUGGGAUUGUCAAAACCUUGUCUUGUCUGCAGACACUGACAGGGUCUGAGCUACUGUCGAUGGCACAUCAGAGGUCACCUGCUGAGGUGAAAAUGAAAUGCUUCUACACUGUAAAACAUGCAGAAAUAAAUUCUAGAUCUCCUGACAGUGACAUCUCCUCCCUAUUUAUUGGAAAUCCUGAAAUAAAACCGAGUGUGACCCAAACAAAGCUGACAUUUAGUACGUCCACAGAUCCAAAUAAAAGAAAGGCAGCCACUGAAGGCCGCUCUGUCUCAGAAACAACAUUGAAAAAACCUACAGAUGCUGUUGAAAGAGAGAAAAGUGUGACUCAGACAACGCUGAUGUUAAGACCAUCCACAGAUCUGAGUGUUAACACUUCCAGAGCAUUUACUGCUUUAACUCAUCCUGUGAAACCAACGUCAGGUGACAAAAUCAGCACAUACUACAAACUCAUAUGGAUGAUCAGAUCAGCUGUGAUCUUAAGUGGAAUAGUAGUGGGUGUUUUCAUUGUGGUGUGGACCCAUUUUUACACCAAAUGGAUGACUGGUAAGACUAAUAAUAUUCAACACAAACAGUUGGAUGUUAAAUCAAACUUCAUUGUGGGAUUUUUUUUGUUACCACAAGUGAAACUUUAUGCAAAACUUAAUUUUGUAGAUAAAUGUCAACAGCAGAACCUCAGAGAAACCAAGAGGACCAGCGAAGAGUGACAUAAUGGACUGUGUUUAACCUUUAAAUGAUGUUCAAUGCUUCACCUGAAAGACAACCUUUAUCACUGCUUCUUUUUUAUUCAGCUGCAUUUGUGUAUUUUUGUAUAAAUGUGUGUCCGUGAUGCCCUUCCUCUGUGAUGUAUUACCUUUCAUCCACAUUUUUGGAUAUUUCAUUCAUUUGAAAUGUUGAGUCCAGUCUGAGAUCUUUUCUCUUCUAACACAGAGUCACCUCAUACAUGUGGUCAAACAUGUGAUCAACCAUAUGAGCUCCUGCAAAACUCCAGUGAGUUCAAUGAACUAGUUACACUUCCCAUUUAUAUCAACUAAAGAAGGGCUAUAAAAAUAACUGGGAGAGCUGGACCAAGUAAAAAAUCAAAAACGUACCACUUCCAUGCAGAAUGGGAUGAGGACUUUUUUUUCCCUGAUCUAUCAGUCUAUCAUUGCUUUUCCAAAGAAGGGAAAUGUACAGAGGCACUUUGGAACUGCUUAUAAAAACUGUAACACUGACUUCCCUCCAAAAAGCCUAGAAAGAGCCUAGAAUCACAGUUAAUCAGAGAGCAGUCAUUUUUCCUACAUGCACAUUAGUAAGUCCAAAUACCAUCCCACCAUGACUGAUGAUCAUUUCUUAAUCUGCUUGAGGCUGGUUCCAGCAGCUGCUGUCCACACUAUGAAACCCUGGAUGAAUCUAUUCAGUGGAAGUCAUCAGAGAACAGGACUGACCACAAAUGUAUUGAACUGCAUUGUGUCAUUGGCAUUAUGCAAGGUCUGCCUAUUAGGUUGUAUUUAUAAAGUAUACUCAGUAUAUAUGUGUAAAUGACUGUAUGUUUGGAUAUUUUUAGUGUUGGUAAAUCUUUCUUACAUUUUAAGUAGCUUGUAAGCUGUAAAACUGUGUGCACUGAUCUAGAGGGUCUGUGUUGUUCACCUGUGCCGGAUAUGCUGGUAUUGCCUGUUUUUAAAUAGUUGGUCAUUUGUCAUCAAAUAACCAUCAUUUUCUGUUACAGAAACACUGGAUGUUUCAUGUCAUUUUAAAACCUUUUUCAGUCACU